ACCAUUCCUACUCCUUCUUACAAAAGUGGUUUAUUGAUCAUCCAAAGUUUAGCUCAAAUCCAUUUUACAUUGGUGGUGGUUCGUAUUCAGGGACACCUACUGGUCCUCUUGUUCAAAAAGUAUACGAAGGUUACAUAGCAAGACGCGAGCCAGUGAUGAACAUCAAAGGUUAUCUUCUCGCAAGCCCAGUUGUUGACGAAAUUCAGGAAUUAAACACGAGAGUUUUAUAUGCAUACCAAAGGUCUCUUAUACCAGAAGAACUCUAUAAGUCAAUUAAUGAAAAUUGUGAUGGUGAAUUUGUAAACAUCGAUCCAGAAAACACGAAGUGCGUCUCAGAUUAUGAAGCUUAUUCCGAGCUUGUUCGUUAUAUAAACAUACAACAAAUUAUGGAACCUUUCUGUAUUACUACGCCAGUUUUGAACCAAGAAAUCCGACAACUAUUUGAAGAUCCUCCAGAAUUUUGGUGUAGAAGUUAUUAUCAGAUCCUUGUUGACGUGUGGGCAAACGAUGAAAAUGUGAGGAAGGCCCUUCAUAUAAGAGAGGGAACUAAGGGGGAGUUCUUGAGAUGCAACAGAACUGUGGCAUACACCAAAACUUGGCUAAACACAGUUGAAUAUUAUCGGAAUCUCACUAAUGCCAACCUCCAAGCUCUCGUUUACUGUGCUGAUCUUGACUUGGGUGUGCCGCACCUCGGAACCCAAAAAUGGAUCAAAUCGUUCAACAUGAGCGUACGUGACAAGUGGCGUGCAUGGUUUGUUGAGGGUCAAGUGGCUGGAUACACAGAAAUCUACAAUAUGAAAGAAGACCACUACUUCACAUACGUGAUCGUGAAGGGCGCUGGACAUGUGGCCCAGAUAUUCAAGCCCAAGGAAGUUUACCAUAUGAUCAAUAGGUGGUUUUCGUUUUCACUUAUCUAGGGUUGUGCUUGAAGAUGAUGGGCUAUUUAUUAUCUCUAUUUAUUCAUAUA